GCCACCAGGUGUCCCUAGCACUAUACAGUGGGGAACAAGUCUUAUAGGACUAAAUCCAUUUCUUACAUUGUUUUAUGUGUUAACAGGAAAGCAAUUUCAUCUGUGAUGCUGGGGAUACCAUAUAACCACACAAGGGAAAACCCUGACACCUUCUUCCUUGUGGGCAUCCCAGGUUUGCAGUCUUCACAUCUUUGGCUGGCUAUUUCAUUAAGUGCCAUGUAUAUCAUCUCUCUGUUAGGAAACGUACUCAUAAUGACUGUAAUCUGGAUGGAUUUCACUCUACAAGAGCCCAUGUAUUGCUUUCUGUAUAUUCUGGCUGCUGUGGACAUUGUUAUGGCCUCCUCUGUGGUACCCAAGAUGGUGAGCAUCUUCUUCUCAGGAGACGGUUCCAUCAGCUUUAGUGCUUGUUUCACUCAGAUGUAUAUUGUCCAUGCAGCCACAUCUGUGGAGACAGGGCUAUUGCUGGCCAUGGCUUUUGACCGCUAUAUAGCCAUCUGUAAGCCCCUACACUACAAGAGAAUUCUCACACCUCAAUUGAUGCUGGUAAUGAGUGUGGCCAUCACUGUCAGAGCUGUCAUAUUUAUGACUCCACUGAGUUGGAUGUUAAGUCAUCUGCCUUUCUGUGGCUCCAAUGUGGUUCUCCAUUCCUACUGUGAGCACAUAGCUGUAGCCAAGUUGUCAUGUGCUGACCCUAUGCCCAGUAGUCUCUACAGUGUGAUUGGUUCAUCCAUUAUUGUGGGUUCCGAUGUGGCCUUCAUUGCUGCCUCCUAUCACCUGAUUCUCCGGGCAGUAUGUGGUCUCUCCUCAAAGAAUGCUCAGCUGAAAGCAUUAAGCACAUGUGGCUCUCAUGUGGGGGUUAUGGCUCUGUACUACCUACCUGGGAUGGCAUCCAUCUAUGUGGCCUGGCUAGGGAGGGAUACAGUGCCCCUCCACACUCAAGUGCUGUUAGCUGAUUUGUACCUGGUCAUCCCACCCACCUUAAACCCCAUCAUUUAUGGCCUGAGGACCAGACAAGUAUGGAAGCGAACAUGGAGCUUGCUGAUGCACUGCCUCUUUGACCACUCCAAACUGGGUUCAUAA